AUGUCAACGUUCCAGUUAUCACUUAAUGAAUCCUAUAUUCUUGAUAUAGCGUACACUCCAGACUUUUUGAUAUGGAAUGAAGCAGCUCUACAGUUUUAUAUGCAUAUAAAUGGAUGCCGGCAGUCAAACUGUGUUCUGAAAGAACGAGUAAGCAAAGAUUAUUUACCUGUUGAAAAAGAACCAGACACUUUAUCUGUGCAUCAUUUCAAUAUAAAUGUGGGAACGAGAAAAAUGCAUCUUAAAAUGAACAACAAAUUGGCUUCCUUGCUUGAUCUGGAAAUGAAGGCGCCGUUAAAUUCAUUUAUGAAGAAUUCAUCCAGAGCAAUAUCGCAACAAAGGUGCCAUCUUCACAACCAAAGUUCGAAAGGAAACGAUUCAAAUAGAAACUGUGAUGUCGCUCUUCGUCGUUUGUUUAUGGAAAAAAAUCGAGUGCUCGUUUGCAACUGUGAACAUACGAAUUAUUGCGAUGCUUUUCAUUCAUCGCAAUAUUACUUUGAUAAAUUACUUAAUAAACCGGAUGGAAGGCAACCAAGCGCUUUCAUGCAACAAUUAUAA